ACCAUAUAUCCCCUAAAAAGCCAAAUAAGUGGGGGCCAUAAUCACAGCGUUUUCCCAUUUUUGAGUGUCGUUUGGUGCUUUCCCCCCCAAUUUUCCUCCAGAACAAAAGACACCCACCCUUUUAUUUUAGGCCACCCUAUUUUUCAUUUCACACCCCCUUCAAUCCAUCGACGUUGACUUCACAAAAAAGAAAGAAUCAAUCAAAAAUCAAACCCUAACCUUAACCUAUCUCUAUACACAAACACAAGAAAGAAAAAGAAUCAUCACAAUUUCUCAACCCAAUCAUCACAUAAGCAUUUUCCAUAUAAUAAAUACACCAAUCAAUAAAUCAUAAUAAUUCUCUAAAUUUGUUUCAUUUCAUUUCAUUUCAUUUUCAUCUUCAAUUCAAAUAAUAAAUCUCUCUCUUAUUAUUAUCAUUUUGAUUUUGAUUGAUUAAUAUUCAUAGAUCGAUGGGAAAACCAGCUGGAAAAAAGAAGGAACAUCAUGAAUCACCAAAAUCAAAGAACAACAAAGGUGGUGGUGGUGGUGGUUACGAACGUUCAUCAUCAUCAAAAGCAUUAGACGAUGAUACAGCGAUGUUUAUCAACAUGUCACAAGAGUUAAGAGAAGAAGGUAACAAACUUUUUUACCAGAAAAAAGACAAUGAAGGUGCUAUGUUAAAGUACGAAAAAGCCCUUAAACUUCUUCCUAAAAAUCAUAUUGAUGUUGCACAUCUUCAUACAAAUAUGGCUAUGUGUUAUAUGCAAUUGGGUCUUGGUGAGUACCCUAGAGCAAUCAAUGAGUGCAAUCUUGCUUUACAGGUUUCGCCGAGGUAUAGUAAAGCUCUUUUGAAAAGAGCUAAGUGUUAUGAAUCCUUGAAUCGGUUAGAUUUGGCUAUGAGAGAUGUUAGGGUUGUUUUGAAUGCUGAACCCAAUAAUUUGACCGCGUUGGAGAUUCUUGAUAGUUUGAGGAUUACUAUGGAUGAGAAAGGGAUUACGAUCGAUGAGACUGAGAUUGCUUUGGCUGCUUUGCAGCAGGUGGAGGCACCUGCUGCAAGGUUUAGGAAAGUUGUUAGGGAGAAGAUUACUAAGAAGAAGAAAGGACAUAAAGGGGAAGGCGAGGAAGAGCGGAAAAGUAAGAAUGUUGUUGAUGAGAAGAAAAACAAUGUUGGGAAUGUUAAUGUGAAGGGUAAAGAUUCUAAGGAUAAGGAUAGUAGAGAAGUUGUUAAGGAAGAUAAAACGGUUACUAGGACUGUGAAGUUGAUAUACGGAGAGGAUAUUAGGUGGGCGCAGUUACCUGUGAAUUGUAGUAUGAAGUUGGUGAGGGAUGUGAUAAGGGAUAAGUUUCCGGGGUUGAAGGGUGUUCUUGUGAAGUAUAAGGAUAGGGAAGGUGAUUUGGUUACUAUUACUACUACUUCUGAGUUGAGGUUAGCUGAGGGUUGUCAUGUGCUUGGUUCGAUUCGGUUGUAUAUUACGCAGGUGGAUUUGGAUAAGGAGCCACGUUAUGAUGAAAAGCCAAGCAGUGGUGAGGUCAGAAGGGAGAAUGGGGUUGGAGACCGGAAUAAUAAGAUGCUUACUGUGGAGGAUUGGCUUGUUCAGUUUGCGAGGCUGUUUAAGAACCAUGUUGGGUUUGAUUCUGAUUCGUAUCUGGAUAUUCAUGAGGUUGGGAUGAAGCUAUAUUCGGAGGCGAUGGAGGAUGCGGUGACGAGUGAUGGUGCUCAAGAGCUGUUUGAUAUUGCUGCAGAUAAGUUUCAAGAGAUGGCUGCUUUGGCUUUGUUUAAUUGGGGAAAUGUUCACCUGUCUAAGGCAAGGAGGCAAGUGCCUUGUCAGGAGGAAGGGUCGACAGAUGCUUCUUUCGAGCAUGUUAAAGCUGCAUAUGAGUGGGCUAAGAAGGAGUACAAGGAAGCGGAAAUGAGAUACGAAGAAUCUGUGAAAAUCAAACCAGACUUUUAUGAGGGACUCCUUGCUCUUGGGUAUCAGCAGUUUGAGCAAGCAAAGCUAUGCUGGGGUUAUUUACUUGCAAACAAUAAGGAGUUCGAAGUUGGCCCUUUUGAGGAGGUUCUACAGCUCUAUAACAAGGCAGAGGACGGCAUGGAGAAAGGGAUGUUGAUGUGGGAGGAGCUUGAGGAACAGCGGUUGAAUGGACUAUCUAAAUUAGAUAAAUAUAAUUCACAGUUACAGAAAAUGGGUUUGCACGGUCUUUUCAGGGAUGUUUCUUCCGAGGAAGCUGAAGAGCAGGCUUCAAAGAUGAGGAUACAGAUAUAUCUUUUAUGGGGUACCUUAUUGUACGAGCGUUCUGUUGUGGAGUUCAAGCUAGGAUUACCAACAUGGGAGGAAUGUUUGGAGGUUGCAGUUGAAAAAUUUGAACUAGCUGGAGCUUCUACAACUGACAUUGGUGUUAUGAUAAAGAACCAUUGUUCUAAUGAAACAGCAAUGGAAGGGUUCAAAAUUGAUGACAUAGUGCAAGCAUGGAAUGAGAUGUAUGAUGGGUGGCAGUUUGAUGCUCCAACUUUCCGACUUGAACCAUUGUUUCGUCGGCGUGUUCCAAGACUCAAUUACAUCUUGGAGCAAUUUUAAGUUUUCUUCUUUGAUUUGUCAUUCUUUAUAGAGGCAAAAUUAGUGCUUCUAUUUUCUUCUUCAAUAUUUUUGAAGGCUUCUACAUUCCAUUCAAAGACAGGUAUAUUUUCUUCAUUUUGUCAACUCCGUGAUGGGUGCUAUGAUUGAAUUAUUUUUUCGGUAGCAGUUUUGUAGAGAUUGGAAUAUUAGGGGUUAGAAACCCUGGUUAUAGUAUUUGUUUUGCAAUUACAGGGGGGGUAUAUGUUCCGAGGGUUUUUGCAGUUGUAAAAUCAGUACAUGAUUCUAUUUAUUGGUUUGAUUGAGGUGAUGAGUGAUUGGAUUUGUUCAGCUUGCAAACACAAAAAAAAUUCAACUUGCUGGGGUUUGAUGAUUAUCUAUGUUGUUAAAUUGUCAUUCACCCCAUUCUAUUUUUACUGGUAUUGUAUAGCACACUACAUUUGUCAUCAUAUUUAUUGUUAAUGUUGUCUUACAGUUUUUUUUUU